UAAAAUAACGAACCGAGCAGGAAGUUUUGUUUGUAUCGCACGUUUCGCGCCCCUGUUUGUUUGACGCGCCUCGUACCGGAUGGCGAGCCGCCACCGCCAGAGGGCAGCACUCGCGCUUCCCCCUCCCUUUCCCCCGCGCGGCGGUGACACAACCGGCACAACUCUGGUACAGAAUGAAACAAGCGCCGGCCCGGCUUCUCUGUUGACAAUUUUGUUUGAGUUGAGGCUUGUCCGUUCUCUUGUGUCUUGGCUGUCUUGUCGCUUUUCCCCAGCCACUUGCUUGUUCUCAUCUGCAACUCCGCAAGUUCAUUUGUUGCUCGGCAAUCCCGUGGUUUUGGGCAGGGCAGCGUGUCUUUUGUCGUCUGCCCAAUGUUUUGAUCAGCUUGGGUUGGGGUUAAGCAAAACAAAACACAAUUUAAUUUGUGAAGUGUGGGAAGGAACACGAGGCAAAAUCACUGUUCAAUGGCAUUAGUGUCUCUGGGCCGGUGCAGUGUUCUCUUUGGAGCCAUUAGUGCAGUUCUGUAUUCUCAAGGAAUUCCGAGGAGUUUGUUUAGAAUGGCAUCGACUUAUGUUACUGGUUCCAAUUCAAUAGCGUAUGUAACGGCUCCCUCUGAGGAAGUGGCCAAGAAACUAGCCCGGUCUAUUGUACAACAAAAAUUAGCCGCAUGUGUGAAUAUAGUUCCAAAAGUUACCUCUGUGUAUGAAUGGGAGGGAAAACUUAAUGAAGAUUCUGAAGUAUUAAUGAUGAUUAAAACGAGAACCUCGCUUAUAGCAGAUGUUGUUCAGUUGGUCAAGAAUGAUCACCCGUAUGAUUGCCCCGAAGUCAUUUCAGUUCCAAUUGAAAGCGGGAGCGAAGAUUAUCUCAAAUGGGUAUCAGACUCAGUACAGCAAAAGUGAAAAUGGAAAAAUGCCACCCCGAAACGAAUGUUUUGUCACAAAUAAAUUAUCUGUAAUACA